UUACCGGUGGUAUAGGAAACAGAAUUUUGUGCACACCAGUUUGACAUCACGUAUUCCCUCUGUGAUCUCACUGUUGAGGAAUAAAAUUGUGGAAUAUUUUCUAAACCCAGCAAGCCAAACUUCAAAAUGGGCCGCAAGUUCGUUGUUGGUGGUAACUGGAAGAUGAAUGGCGACAAGAAUCAAAUCAAUGAGAUUGUGAACACUCUGAAAAAGGGUCCUUUGGAUCCCAAUGUUGAGGUAGUCAUUGGUGUUCCCGCCAUUUAUCUGGCUCAUGUCAAGAGCAUCAUUCCUGACACAGUCGGAGUAGCUGCUCAAAACUGCUGGAAAGUGCCGAAGGGUGCUUUUACAGGUGAAAUCUCCCCUGCCAUGAUCAAAGAUGUUGGAUGUGACUGGGUCAUAUUGGGUCAUUCUGAACGACGAACAAUCUUCGGCGAAAAAGAUGAUCUUGUCGCCGAAAAGGUUGCCCAUGCAUUGGAAUCAGGCUUGAAAGUCAUUGCGUGCAUUGGUGAAACAUUGGAAGAAAGAGAAGCCGGCAAGACUGAAGAGGUUGUGUUCAGGCAGACCAAGGCACUCUUGCCCGCUAUUGGCAGCAACUGGGACAAGGUUGUGCUAGCUUACGAACCUGUAUGGGCCAUCGGUACCGGAAAAACUGCUUCUCCUCAACAGGCCCAAGACGUCCACGCUGCUUUGCGUAAGUGGCUGUCCAGCAACGUCUCAGCCGACGUCGCCGGGGCCGUCCGCAUCCAGUACGGAGGAUCGGUUACUGGAGCCACCGCCAAGGAGCUUGCAGCGUGCCCUGACAUCGACGGGUUCCUCGUCGGAGGCGCCAGCCUCAAGCCAGAGUUCGUUGACAUCGUCAACGCAACGCAGUAAAGUACGUUUCUCAUCAAGCAAGUAGUGGUAGUACUCGGAGAAACAGUACAUAUUUAUUAUUAUAGCUGUAAGAUCUCAAGUAUCAUGCGGAGACACCUAUUUGGCGUGCUGGUCUUGCUUUGAAUGUGUAGAUGUUGUAACCCUCAAAAUGUUAUAUCGAUAGAACUCGUAAUUCGUAAACUAUUUUUUCCAUGUAAAACAGUCAAAAAAGAUACGAGGGGUCAACAAUGACGUUAAGAGAAUUAAGUUGUCUGCUGGCGUGAGGUUUAAGCGAGUUUAUUAUGCUUAGUUUAAUACAAAAAAUGAUAUUUAUCAAUAUUGUUUAAAAGUUUAUCAUGUUGGCAAAAAAGGUUAUUUUGUAUUGUUAUACAUGUUAUUCUAAAAUAUAAAAAAAUACUCUGUUUUAUCAUGUUUACUAUACGUUAUCGAAGACUUUAUAUACUUUAUUUUUAAAAUGUGCGAGAGUACUAUUUUAAGUGAAUCAGACUUGUGUUUGUAAUUUAUUUUUACGAGCUUGUAUCUGAUCGCGUUUUAAUAUAUUUUAUUGCAACCAACACUGCGAUGUUUCGAAAGUUUUUAAGUUAAUAAAUCAUAAUUGUUUA